AUGACUGUCGGGGGCUUUCUUAACAGGGUACAUGUCUUGAAUACAUUGCCAAAAUCGACGGCACUUUUCUUAUUGGUGCCAUGUUUCCAAUCCACAAUCUACACGAGGGUGGCACGUGCGGUGACGUCAUACCUGGAGGCGCUGUUGUAUGCCAUUGACAAAGUGAAUAAUGAAAUUCUAAAAGGCUUGGACUUCAAGCUCGGCACUCUGACAUACGACACCUGCUACAGCGACACGGAGGCCCUUAAAAGGGCCCAGCAGUACGUGACAUACCGGAUCUACACCCUGGAGCGGGACUCAAUAUUCAAGUGUGCUGACAGCAGUAGGCCCUCACUAAAUAACAACGGGACUCUUAUCGGAGUGGUCGGGGCCGCCACUUCCGUGGUCUCCAUUCAGCUGGCCAGCUUCUUCCGGCUCUUCCAAAUACCUCAGAUUAGUUACGGCGCAACGAGUACGGAGCUGAGCGCCACCUCGCGGUACGAUUUCUUCAUGCGCAACGUGGUCUCCGAAACCCAUCAGGCGAGGGCUAUUGUCGAAAUACUCAAGCGUUUCCAGUGGACGUACGUCACCUGUGUGCACGACGACACCAGUUAUGGCGAGAGGGGCUAUCAGGAAAUAUUCAAGCUAGCCCAAGAGGAAAAGAGCUGUAUCGCAGAAGCAAUGAAAGUCAAACAAUAUGUUUCUUCUGAAGACGCCAACCAACGGCAGUUGGAAGACGCCAUUAGAUCGCUGAGACGCCAUAACAAUACAGAAGGUAUUUUACGACAUCGCAAAAAAGAUCUUCCGAAUUGUCGCCAAGAUGGAAAUCUAGAAUCAUUUCCAGUUUGUGGGAAGUGACGCUUGGACCGGACGAAGUGUCCCAACGGAGGUGCAAGACGUUGUGGAAGGAACCAUUGGGGUCCAGCCCAAAAUUUUGACCAUCCCUGAUUUUGACAAAUAUUUUCUCAGACUGCGUCCCAACACAAAUACACGGAACCCGUGGUUUAAAAUGUACUGGGAACAGAUGUUCAAAUGUUCCGUCGGCAACAUCGUCGGCAACGCCGUCGGUCGUGAUGUUUCCUAUAAGAAGAAUUUACUUACCUCGUGUGAUCA